CUCAGCCACCACCGGGGUGUCGCCCAUCUGCAGCGCUUGAACGUACACUUGCCCUCCCAACUCAAUCUCAUAGUGAUCUGAGUCACUGAUACAGAUACCCGUGUUUAUUUUCCCGUUUGCGACCUCUAAACGCCUCGCGAACCUUCGCCAGACGUAACAGUUAGAUUGCUUGAGCAUCAUGGACGAACCCACCGUCGAGGAGGAGGACAAGAAGCAGUUCGACUCCAUUCAUGCUUCGCAAGAUGCGGAGGCAGAGCCUGACCCAGACGAGUCGUUGAUUAUGGACAGCGGCAAUGGGAGAGUGUGGCUAGUGAAGGUCCCAAAAUUCCUCAUGGAGCGCUGGCUCUCAAUAAGAGAGGACAACGUGCACCUUGCAACCAUCCGUGUCUACCACCAAACAAAGUCCGCAUUAGGCAAGUCGCCGCGAAUACUCCUCGCGCUUCCCCCCGACCCGGACCAUCCGGGGCAAAACGAGUUUGAAGGGGACGUGUACGAGAUGGACAUGGUGCAGGAAUCGGUCGAGAACCAAGUCGUCGUGGCCGAACGCGAGAAGGAGCCGCCGCCCGUCCCGGGCACCCGCGCGCGGACGACGGUCCUCACGGGCCGCGUGAAGCACGAGUGUAAUUUGCGGCCGAUGUUCAGCGACCGCUACAGGCAGCGGCUCAAGAUGCGGGCACUUGCGGCGAACACACCGCGCAAGCAGAUUAUGCGGAUCGAGGAUGCGGGCGUGGGUGGACGGGGGAACAUCAACAUGCUCACGAGCGGUGUGGCAAACACGACGCCGCUCAGCUUUGGCCAAAGGAAACCCAAGCCCGCAAAGGGCCAGUUCGAGCGCAUGGCGCGUAUGCCGCGCAACCAGCUGCUCGACGAGCUCUUCCGGCAUUUCCAGGAGCGCGAGCGGUGGUCCAUCAAGGUCCUCCGCGACCGCACGCAGCAGCCCGAGGCGUACCUCAAAGAGGUCCUCAGCGAGAUCGCCGACCUCAACCGCAGCGGAGAGUUCAACGGCACCUGGGAGCUCAAGCAGACCUUCAGAGGCGAAGGGGUCAAGGCCGAGCAGGUCCCCGGACCCAGUGGCGGGCUGGGCACGGAGGCCGGACAAGCAGGCAAUGGGGUCAAAGACGAAGAUUUCGACGACUUCGACGACGACGAUGAUGAUGAUGAAGAUGAUAUGGAAGAGGUUUCGUGAGUUGGUGGGCACCCUGUGCGGACUCUUGGUCUUGGUAUUGUAUCCAUAUGUAUAUUCCAAUCAUGCUUCCAUUGCACGCAUACCGUCUAUCUACACACGCAGUAUUAUAGCAUAUCAGCCAAUCGCAUUACUUAGUUCAUGUUCAACGGUUCUUUUAUCUCCUCACAAGUGUUGACUGCAUUAUACGUGAACCACGGCUGUUGUCAAAUGCUGCAUUGCUGGUCCUCAA